AUGUACAGAAACGUGGGCUGCCCUGGGCUCGGAGAGAGGGAGAGCCUCCGUGCGCAGUGUUUCCUCUCUGUAAUCUCCGCAGGGGCGAGUAAAGGUGGAGACGAACCCGGGAAGUUGCCGGAGCAGGAAGAAGAAGAGGAAUCCCAGGUUUUGCACGGAACCGGCCAUUGCAAAUGGUUCAAUGUGAGAAUGGGAUUCGGGUUCAUCUCCAUGAGUAACCGAGAGGGAAGCCCCUUGGAGUCUCCAGUUGAUGUCUUUGUACACCAAAGCAAGCUUUACAUGGAAGGAUUUAGAAGCCUAAAAGAAGGAGAACCUGUGGAAUUUACUUUUAAGAAAUCUUCCAAAGGCCUUGAAUCAAUACGGGUAACAGGCCCUGGUGGGAGCCCCUGUUUAGGAAGUGAAAGACGACCCAAAGGGAAGACAAUACAAAAAAGAAAACCAAAGGGAGAUAGAUGCUACAACUGCGGUGGCCUGGACCACCACGCUAAGGAGUGCAGCCUACCUCCGCAGCCAAAGAAGUGCCAUUACUGUCAGAGCAUCAUGCACAUGGUGGCGAACUGCCCCCAUAAAACUGUCUCGCAGCAGCAGCAGCAGCAGCCCGCCAGCUCUCAGGGAAGACACGAAGCCGAGCCGCAGCCUUCCACGUCUGCCGUGCCGAGGGAAGGGGGCGGCCCGGCCGGCCUGGCGUGCCCGGCGCCCCCUCAGGAAGGCAGGCCGGAGGGCGCCGAGCGCUCGGGCAGGCCGCCGCAGGAGGCCGCGGCCGGCAAGGUGUCUGCGUCGCCCGAAGAACCCAGCAGAAAGGGGCCUUCUGUUCAGAAAAGGAAAAAAACUUAA